GAGCGCCGGAAGGACGACCAUGAGUCACGAAUGAGGUCUGCAGAAUGUCUUUCAAGAAAGAAACGCCUCUGGCCAAUGCUGUGUUCUGGGCAGCAAGGAAGGGAAACUUGGCUCUGGUGCAGCUGCUGCUCAACAGCGGGCGAAUGGAUGCUGACUGCAGAGACAGUUACGGCACAACAGCACUGAUGGUGGCGUCAUACAGCGGCCAUUAUGACUGUGUGAAAGAGCUCAUCAUGCAAGGAGCAGACAUUAACUACCAGAGAGAGACAGGUUCGACAGCUUUGUUCUUCGCCUCCCAGCAGGGACAUCAUGACGUUGUGAAGCUCCUUUUUGAGUUUGGUGCCUCCACUGAAUUCCACACAAAGGAUGGCGGCACAGCUCUCACUGUUGCCUCCCAGUACGGUCACUCCAAGGUAGUGGACAUCUUGCUGAAAAACGGAGCCAACAUCCAUGACCGGCUGAAUGAUGGUGCUACACCUCUUUUCCUUGCUGCCCAGGAGGGUCAUGUGACCGUGAUCCGUCAGCUGCUGACAUCCGGUGCCAAGGUGAACCAAGCCAGGGAGGACGGCACCGCUCCCUUGUGGAUGGCAGCUCAGAUGGGUCACAGUGAGGUGGUGAAGGUACUUCUCUUACGUGGAGCAGAUCGGGAUGCUGACAGACUAGAUGGAUCAACAGCAUUAUUUAAAGCAGCCUUGAAAGGACACAAUGGUGUCAUCGAGGAACUCCUUAAAUUUUCUCCCUCACUCGGCGUUCUCAAGAAUGGCUCCAGUGCCCUUCAUGCUGCAGUGAUGAGUGGAAAUAUUCAAAGUGUUUUGCUACUUCUCGGGGCCAAUGCAGACCCCACACUACUCAACAAGAAUAAUCAACUCCCCGUCGACCUUACAAAGAGUGAACGUAUUCUGAAAGUUUUACGUUUAAAAUUUGUAAAUGGAGACAGUUGAUGAUGACCCAGACUCUCCUCUUCCAUGACGGACGAUGUGCAGCAAGAAGAAAACAACA